AUGACAACGAUAUUGCACGCUCCUGUUCACGGAGCCGACCCGUUCAGCAAGGACAGAAUUAGUCAUUCCACGUACUCCGUGCCCUACGAGCCACCUCCAUCCUAUUAUCAGUCGUCGCCAACGUAUCCAAGCGAGGCCUACGACAGCGACGGAGCUACACACAUAUCCUCGCCCACCGCUACCCGACCGAAGACACCACUACCUUCAUACUUACAGCAGUCCUCCUACCACUACUCUGCCACGGCACCUUCAGAAGACUCCUUCGAUGAUGACGACGAGGACGAUGAUAUGGCGUUUCCAUCCUUUGCCCAGGAGCCUGCCAAGGUAGCAGCUCCGGCUGAAGAGCCACGAGAAACAGAACCGUCGACGGAGCCAAGCGUUUCACAUACCUCCGAUAUACCCUCAGAAGUGAGUGACGACAUUGCUGUACGGCAAGAGCCAACACAGCAUGUCGAUUACCUGGCGCACGAGUGGCGAGAGGAGGAUAUAUGGGCGUCGUGGAGCUACGUUUCGAGACGCAGAGGGCGUGUCAACAACCACACUCGGCUAGAGAACGCUUCCUGGCGGCAAUGGAUGAAGACUAAGAACGAUCUUAAGACCGUCUCUCCUGAGUCGCUGAAUUGGCUCAAAGAUUGCGACGUCACUUGGCUGUACGGUCCGUUGCAGAUCGGUCCAAAAUCGUUGACAACUGUCACACCGCCACCUAGUCGGCUAUCACACUCGUCGUCCUUCAUUGCCAAGAAGUCCAACCUCAAGAAGAAAUCGGCAUCAGCAGUCAUGCUUGAGAAAUCAAGAUCUCAGCAUUCGCUGCUCCAGCGUGCGGGUGAAAUCAUCCGUGUUCAGCAAGCCAGCAGCCCUGCUGGCGGUCGUCCUGCAUUUAAAAGGCACGCUUCUGCUUUCGUUUUACCAUCCGCCACUGAUAGCUCCGUCUCGCUGAGCCCGCCGAACGAAGGCGUGAUAUUCACUGGAGAAAGGACACCGUAUUCAAAUACGGAGACACCUACGCCCAACGAAUGCAAGCACGUUCUGUUCAACGAUGAAGUGCGGCAGGUGAGAGCAAUAGAGUCUGAUGAUGACCACAAAGAAGAAGUCGAAGAAAUUGAAUAUAUCUCCGACGAAGACGAUGAUGGCGGUCUCAUGAUGGCGCCCGUGAGGUCACGUAGCAAAACCACGACACCCAGGGGAAGCUUCAGCAAUGACAACAAGACCAUCAUACCUCUGCCUUCGACAACGCUGAAAUACAGAACGGACACACCGGAGCCAGUCCAACCCCCACAAACUGGAUUAUGGGCCAGAGGCCGCAAACUGUCACCAUCGCCGUCACAAGAGACGCUUCGACCAUCGAGACCAUCUCAGAACUACAUACUAGAGGACGAUCACGAGCUGAGUGAUCAGCCCUGGCAGGCUCCACUGGACUACGAAUCUGAGUACUACGAGCCUGGCCCGGGCAUGCGUCGGACAGAGUCUGGCAUGUUCAUGCCGUACGACGACAUGGAUGAGGAGGAGCCGCCGAAGAACAGUCUGAUCGGACAAGCACUCAAUGCGGUGAAUACCUUCAAAGACAUCGCCCAUGUUGUGUGGAAUGUGGGAUGGUACAAGUCUGGCGAUAAUGCCUGA